AUCGCUCAGCUCCGAUAGGGGCAGAUCAUUACGCGGCGCAAAUUGUCCCGGAGUGGAGAAACGUGGCCGGGUGCAGUAGAUAAAUUCUGUGCGUCGUCCUCAGUCAAUAACGAGUUCUCAGUUAGCGCUGGUCACAAUCGCGACUACAUCGAAAGCUCACAUCUCGCGCUAUUCGAGAAGCUCGCGGAUGUCGGAAUACAUCAGACGAGAACAUCCCCGCGGCGUACACGCAAAGAAAAGUAGCCCCGAAUAUUUAUUAAAACAAGAUCGAUUGUGCGACGCGAAAAUAGACUUGAUAUACUUUUUGAAAAUCUCAGACUUAUUACGAUGAAGACUAACACUCGGACUGAAUAGCGAGCAUUUGACGUAGAUUUUCUCAGAUCUGAAGAUAAAGCGAGUCGAGAAACGGCAAUUAUCUCUCAGAAUUUUCCGGAGCAAUCUGGUGAAUAUCUCAAAGACUUGGUUUGAAACAGUAAAACCGCUGGUGAGACAGAUUAGACACGUUUGUUAUGUAAUCGAAGGAGCAGUCUUACACGCGAGCGGAUCAUAAUUUUCCGAGGAACGUUAUCGACAAUAGUGCGAACAGACAGUUCAGCAGAAUAAACAAUUCAGUGCAAAUCGGUAUUUAUUACAUGUACAUACGACAAUUUAUAUCUGGACAAAGAAGACUGAAAGUGACGGAAGGAGACGCGAUCACGUAUCUAAAGCUCGCCGCAUCUCUGAACGGGACGAUAGCUAAUUUAUCUCAAGUCGUUCAACGCUUUUGCAUCUUUUUACAAGAGCCGAAUUUGCAGCCACGCUACGCUUUCGUAUCUUGUAAAUAUUCAGCCGUGCAAGUGGUCGAUGAAUGAUGAUGAAUAUUUAAAGUACUUUGCGAUAUGAUAUCGAGCUCAUUAUCAAGUAUAUAAAUACCAAAAUCGAGUAUUGUAAAGAUAUAAACGAUUGGACCGCGAAGGAGAGAGAGUGAGAAACAGUGGUGACCGUAAAGAAGAUAAAAAGGGAUUGCAUUUGCACUCUUUUCUAAAAUCACAAAUCACAUUUCUUGCAAGAAAAUCGCCACACGGGGGGUUGCUAUCGUUACAUGAUUAUUUGAUUGACGUGGUUAAUUAUCGGAAAAUUACAUAUUAAGGAGAAAAAGACACUAUGGCGAACACGUCAGAUAUUAAUAACGCGAACGGACCAACGGAGAUUAGUAACGCAAAUGGACAAACGAACGUUAAUAACGCGAAUAAACAAAUGGACGAUAACAAGGCAAAUGAAGAAAAAGACAUUAAUAAUGUGAACGAGAACGUUAAUAACGCGAAUGGACAAACGGAUGUUAACAAUACGGGUGGGCGCAUAUCGGCAUGCGUGGAGAUAAAGAUGGAACCUGGUGCUACCGAAGAAAAAAAAUGGGAACGAGCCGGAACAAUUUAUCAGGUGUUGAUGGCCUUAUGCGCUAACGUUGUGGUACUGGGUCCAGCAAUGGGUUUCGGUUACAGCGCCGUAGCAGAACCCGCAAUGAGAUGGCCGAAGGACGAAAACGACCUGAAGCUCGAUGCUAGCCAAGCAAAUUGGAUGGCCACUGUAUCAGCACUGGGUACACCCAUCGGUUGUCUUCUCUCGAGCCUCGUGAUGGGGCGAGGAAGAAAGAUCAGCAUGUUCGUGACGUCGUUGAUAUCAAUGGCGGGUUGGGUGACCAUUUACAUGUCGAAUAGUUACCUGCAGAUCUUGAUUGGGAGAUCGAUUUCCGGGAUAUCCACGGGCAUGGCGUCGGUCCCAACGACAGUGUAUGUAGCGGAAAUUGCGGGACCGAAAUGGCGAGGUACGAUGGUAUGUUGGACCAGUGUCUCUAUCGCUCUCGGUGUCCUCAUCGUUUAUAUCUUCGGAUAUAUUUUUAAGGAUGACUGGCGACUGGUGGCUCUAAUAUGCGCUCUAUUCCCGCUAUGCGCGAUCGCCCUCACUUUAUUGGUGGUACCCGAGACUCCUCUGUGGUUGCGGGAUCAAAAUAGGCCUGAGGAAGCGCUGGAAAUCAUGAAAAGAUUCCGCGGAAUACCGAAGGACCAACCGGCGCCGGCGGAAGUCCUGUUCGAAUUGAAGCCACGGCCGCAAAAGAAGAAUCAGAACCUGCUCAAGCACUUGGUGAAAAGGAGCUCCCUGGUGCCGUUCGGCAUAAUGCUCAGCUACUUCUUUUUCCAACAGUUCUCCGGAAUCUUCGUGGUCAUAUACAACGCCGUCGGAAUUAUGGAGAAAUCAGGUGUUAAAGUAGAUCCAUAUCUCGGGGCGGUAUUGAUAGGCGUUGCUCGUCUUAUAGCCAGUCUUUUGACGGCAGGAGUGUCGCGGAAAUACGGUCGACGAAUACCGUCGAUGAUUUCUGGCAUUGGGAUGACGAUUUUCAUGGGCGGUCUGUCGCUCUAUCUAUUUCUGGCUAGUAAAGGAACCGUCAUGGCGGACAGCGGGGUGGUCCCAGUGAUCUGUAUGGUGAUGUAUAUAUUCACAAGCACCUUGGGCUACCUGGUGAUCCCGUUCGCUAUGGUAGGCGAGGUAUAUCCGUCCAAAGUUAAAGAUAUAUUGUCCGGUAUGACGGUUGCUAUUGGUUAUCUCUUCAGUGCGGCAACUAUCAAGACGUAUCCGGAUAUGGAGUCGCUGAUGAGCAUGCAUGGUGUGUUUCUUUUCUUCGCGAUCGUAUCCUUAGUCGGCUCGAUAUUCAUUCUAUUAUUCUUGCCCGAAACAAAGGGAAAGACCCUGCGCGAAAUCGAAGACAUGUUCUCGUCGAAGAAGAAGACCUUCGAAUUGCAGCCGACGGAAACAAUAGUUGGAGAAAUAGUCGCUCCAACCUCCGUCGGUCUUCUAAGAAAUUGAGAAUAUUUAUUGCUUAUGCGGGCAAAUAAUCGCCGAGAAUAGAUAAUAUUAAAUGCACGGAGGAAGUCAAAGCGUGCAGUUAUACGAAACUUACACGGCCAAUGGGAAAAAUGCAGCAUUUUUCUGUGAUGCUUGAAGGUAUCCCUUAAAAGAUAGUUAAGGGUAUAACAAAUUAUCAAGAUGUCUCUUAUAUUUAUUUUAAAUGCGUCGUACGUGUAGAGAUCUUUUUAUCAUAUCAUAUAUUUUGUGAAUAAUUAAACAAGAUAAAAGACGUAAAGAUAUUUACUUAGGUUUCACAAAGAGACAUGAAACGUAACAUGAUGGAACUGUGUUGUCAUCUCGAUAAAAGUUUUACCAUUGAAACGAAAACAGUGCCAUAUAUCAAUACUUCGCUCUACACGUGCAAGAAGUGUUCGCAAAUAACAUACGCUAAAAUGUGAUUAGGUUUGUACCAAUUUGGGCGGAAGAGAUACGUAAUCUCGAAGAUGAUAUUUUUUAUAAGACAGUAUAUAGCGUAUUAUUUAAUUAAAACUCAAUACUUAUUGUUCAAGUGGAACACAACCCCGAUCUUCAAAAUACAGUCCAAGCUUCUUGCUGCCGGAAGACAGAUUAAAUAUCGUGGACAGUAUCGUUUUUGAAGAUCUAAAGAAAUAUACAUUGUGUAAAUCGAUCGCGCUUUAUCGAUAACGCGCAUAAUUAAUUAAAUAUAAAACUUCUUGUAAAUUAUAUAUUACUACUCAACAAUUGAAAAAAAUUGUAAAUAUAAAAUUAAAGGAAGACACGUAACUUAUUUAAGUGCUAAAUGCAAGAGUAACUUAUCACUAGUUUAUUUUUCGUAAAUUCUGGUCUUCUCGUAAAUAAUUAAUACGUUAAGUUUGAUAACGUUGACAGGUUGGUAUGUUGAUAACGAUCGAGUCUCGACCUGAUAACAGCAUAGAAGGAAGUUCCAUAUUUGCGUGUCACUGAUAUUCGUUAUUAUUUAAGUCUGAAUAAUAUUUUGUCAUUGCGAUAAUAAUCGGGGGUUUUCUCCGCGAUUAAGUUGUCACUUUAUGACAACUGUCUUUUACAAUAACGAAUACCUAUUACUUUCCUUUGUAUAGAGUAUGUUUUGCGGAAAAAUUGACAGCGCAAUAAUAUCGGGCGGAAAUUUAUUUAAAUCGAACUUGAAGUAUUUUAUAAUUUACUAACUCUCUCGUGGCGCAACUGAUUGAUGAAUCAAUUUAUAAUUAGGUACGUGAUUUAUUUAAGUUAUACUAAGUAUGUAUUAUAUACGUGUGUGUAUACAUAUAUGGGCGUCUCAUGUAUUUUGUUCAAUCUUAUUAAUCUUCUUAAAUCUUACUAAAAUGUUAUUAAAAUCUUAAAUAAUAAAUUAACAAACAAGCGUAACAAUGACGAUAAUUAAAUAACAAACGCAAAAUAAUGUACAAUUUACAAUUUAAUGUGAAAGCGUGAGAUGUACGUGGAGAAACGAGACGAGAAAGGAUAGGACAACGAUUAACAUCAUUACUGACAAUAAUUGUAAUAAUAAUAGCGAUAGUAAUAUAAAAUAAUUGUAUGUGUAAUAAAAACAUAAUGUUUUAAUAAAUUUUGAUGGAUACUCAAACUAAAUUACACU